AUGUCUGUCACUCCGCUUUCAGAUCGAAAGGCCAUGGUCAACUAUGCCAUUGACCUGCUUAGAGCCCAUCAAAUUCGCCGAGAAAAUGUAUUCCUGCACGAGCAGCUCAAGACCUGUGCCAAAGAGCUUGCCACUUUGCGUGACGAGGUGAGAGACCUGAGAGCAAAUCAAAUGGCUACCGUCAAAAAGGAGAUCGAGCCCAUGAAGGUAUCAAUCGAUAUCAACGCUAAAAAAGCUGUUGCUCUCAUGGACAGGCUUGACUCCCAACUCAACGAGCAGGCCCGAGAGCUAGAGCAGUCACACAGAGCAAUGCAAACCGAGACUUCAAAUAUCAGAGCUUCUUGUCGCAAGAGACAGGAAGAUGAACGCGCACAAAGGGCCGUUAUCGAGAAGCAGCUUGAAGCAGUACGUACUGAUUGUGAGAACCUAGCUAGUGUCCAACAACAACAAGCUCGACGCACCCUAGCUUCACUUGAGACUCUGCAAAGCGCUCUCGAUGGCAAGGCAGAUGUUGCGGUCAUGGAAAUGCUGGAAACCCGCGUAAAUGAGUUUUCAACUCGCCGAAAUGCCGCUGCUGUUGUGGCCGACUCGGUCAGCCACAUUUCAGAUACUCUGGAGCGCAGGUGCCAUCCUCUUGAGCCAGGUAACCAUGACCAACAUAUCCUAUCUGACGAAAGCGCAGCUGACCUCUUUGCAGCAGGUAAGUUGGCCCAGGUACAGGAUUCUCAACAUGGAAACCAUGAGGGCCCUGAACCGCGAGAGACGACAGUCCCAGAUGAUCUCGAUCUCGACGCCAACGCACACACGAUCAGCUAUGCUGGCCACUGCUACAGCGAACCGGCACACAACGACUCUUUGAAGAUGUUGUCACCGCCCACAGUAGAGGCCACUCAGCUCGCCGAGAUCAAGACCCUCCGACAGAGGAGAUUUGACGGCUGGGAUUCCUACUACAACCAGGGUCAGAACAUUGUCGAAGCCUUGCCACGUCAAUUUGAGGGAACAAUCGUCCACAACUUUGUGAACGGACUCUUCAAGGAAAGCCAUAGAAAGCAAUGUCAGCAGUGGCUCGACUCAAGUGGAUGGACUUGGGCCAACGUUACCACCUUUGGUAACCUGUGCUCCCAACUUUUCGCCGACAAUGCAACCAAAGCAGGGAUGGACACAGAAACUUUGGUACAUCCAAAAGGGAUAGGUGCAGUGCUUGCCGCAGUUGGCAAGUCGGGGCGGGAUACAGGCGCUGCGAAAAGCAAGAAAAGUAGCAAAGGCGAACUUCGACAAGUCAACGUCGAUGUGCCGCUGCGGCGAAGUCAACGGGUAGCCGAAAAACAAGGUCUUAAUGCUGGCCAUGCAGGAAAACAGCCCGAGCUCACGUCAAUACAAGGUUAUUUUGCUCACCGUGUCGAACGGGACAAGGGUCAAGAAUCGAAGCCUAAGAACCAAGCUGGCAAUGAAUGUCCCAAAACGCAGAACCGGCCACAAUCCGACAAUCCCACCGAACGGCGAGCCGGUAUGCGAGAAUCUGAAACGGCAGGUGUAGAGCUCCCCAAGAUGAUGGACAAGGGUCGAUCGACAAAAGGCACAGCAGUCCCAACAGAGAGUCGCAAAAGCCACAAGAGAAAGGCUGCCCGGGUUGAAGUUGGACAUUACUCAAAGCGACUGAAAUCCCGCUCGAAGGCUAGGGUUGGAGACGAUCACGCCAUUUCAAUCCCUCAACUUGUGUCAUUUCGCGGAGGCAUCGCAAAGUCAGUGGAAGAGAGCAGUAACGACGAAGGGUUUUUGUAUGAUGGGAAUCUUUCCAAGCCUUCGGUUUCCACGACAGCACGUCAACCAAGAGGACACAAAAAGAGACGACUGCCUCUGCCACCGCCGCCAGAGAUCCCUAUUCUACCUACUACAGACGAAGAGUAG